AUGGCAAUCUCGACUCCCAGCAGCCAAACAACGGCACCCGUCCACGAAUUCCGCUGUCUCUACACGCGCGAUCUGCACAAAAAGUCCAAGAAAUGGCACGAUGGCUCGGUACGCUUCCACACCUUCAAUCGACGCGUCAUGGCCUACGAUGACACCCGGACCUUCAUCGACGAUGUGCACUAUAGGCAAGAGGAGGAGUUCGCCGAAGGCAUGGAGAUACGGCUUGACCGUGGUGUUCUGGUGGAGGUUGGAGAGCGCCUUGGACAGACGCAAACCGACUUGGGCCCGAUUCUCGAUAGAGGGCGCGCAGACAAAGCCCUGUCACCUCGAAAACAGCACAUCUCGCUCGCGAACCGAUCACAGGCAAUUGGAUCCUCCCAGCGUCCGAAGUCACUCAUAGAAGUACUGGGGCCGUCGCAGGGUCGAUCGGGACGUGCGAGAGGUUUAUAUCAAUCGCCCUACGAUCAGAGAUACACUCCUGCCCGCGGAGAGCAAGCUGGACCUUCCCCCAAGAGACCAAGACUUUCCAGUGACAAGGAAAACUAUUCGCACGAAGGACACCCGCCUAUCAGACCUGCAAGACCCAGCUUACCCCAGCCCACGCAGCCAAGUAAGCCUAUCACGCAUUCAAGUCGUGGGAAUGAGCCUCCAAUCGAGUUCGAGGAGGUCCUUGACCUUUCAGCGGACGAAGAGCCCAGACGACACCCACCGAAGCGUUUGAGGUCGACUGAGAAAUUUCAGAAAAUACACAAAGAAGCUUCCAAGAACCCUACACUUACCUCUGGAAUUUCAUAUCCGAGGUCGACUAGUCUGGUCCGGCCUGUUGAUCAGGGGGUACAAGCGGGCAAGGAGAAAGGCAGCGGGAAGAAACUGCAGUACUACUCGAACUCGAACAAGUCUACAAUAAGCCCACAUCCCAUAGCUUCGCGGUCCCCGUCCACUAAGACAGCCAGACUCCUUCUCAGCCGACCCAAAACAAGGCAAAAGCUAACCUGCACACUUCCUUUUUCACCUGAUCCAUCAACAGCGAAGCCUAUAGAUCCUCCGUUCCGGCGUUCGCCAUGUCAAGAGACUGUUGGCAGAUCGCUUUCGCCUACUGGCAAAGCUCUACACUUAGACAACGACGACCAUGCGGUUGCAAUUGAUCCUACACUGCCAACUCAAUGGUCAAAAUGCCAGUCUAGUACGCGCGAGCAACAACUGUCACCUCACCACGGCAACUCCAGCCCAUUGUUCAUGCCCGAGGACAAUGCCGACCCGACACCUCCCUCACCUUGCAAGGUCCUCACGCAAGACCAGUUGGCCUUCUCGGACGUUGGACACAGCCAGACUUUUGAGGACCUGGAUGAAGUGUGUAUCUCCCUCCGUUCGGCUCCGGCAGGAGGGACACAAACCUCUCCACGAAAACGGGCGGAGACGGAAGGGGGGAAUGGGUUAAGUACCCGGGUUGAGCCUGAGCCCCAGGAUGAAGCAGACAGCCCACCAGCGGUAGGAGCAGAAGAUCAUGAGCAAUCCCAAAGUUUGCAGGAUUCAGAGGAAACGACGGUGGAAGGUGUGAAUGAGACCGUACCCAAAACUCUCCCGGCAGUAGACGACAUGGUUAAGUCCGGCGGACAGGAAACGCCGGCCGAACCUGAAACACGGUCUGCACCGAACAUGCUUGUCACUGGGCAGAGACAAACCGAAGCAGGGAAAGGAGUAGGCCAUCAUGAGCAGGCUGCAACUCGACGGCCUCCUCAACUACCCAUCAACAAUGUGCACCAGCCUUUCACAUCUCGCGUGGGGGGUCAGUCGUCUGUACCGAAUCAGCCUACGCCUGCAAUGGGCCCCACUGCUGGCGUUCAGGGACGAUCGUUCCGACGAGUCUUCUCAGAGAAUGAUGCUUUGGACGAGGAGGAUCUUGCUCCGGUCCCUCGGCUCGAAGUGUCCAACCCGAGACGUCGGUUGGGACUACUGGAGAAUCUGACAACGAAGAGAAGUUCUGCGAAGUCCAGGAGCCCAACCAAGAUGCAACGAUGUGCCUCCGACACGUUGGCAUUCGACACUGCAGACCGAUCAGUUACGCUGCCAGCAGCAGAGGGCCCACAGGGACUCACAGGACCCUGGACUGUCGACGAAGCGUUUCUCUUGUUUGACUGGUGGCCUGCUGAGAUGGAAAAGCCAGUAUAUUGGAUGGAUGCGCCGGUAGAACCUGUAUCGCGUGCUCCUUGGGAGCCCGCUCACAGCAACUGGGGUGGCAUAACCACGGCGCGCCAGUUCCUGCGUGACGAGACGACGUAA